AUUUGACAUUUCUUAAGAGUUUUCAAGAAUUCAGUGAUAUAAAAAUGAAGAUUUUAUUUGUCAUUUCGUAUAUUUUUUUGCAUAAACUUGAAACUGAAGCAUAGCGCAAACUGGGCAGGUCGUGGCGGCCAUGUUGCUUUAGAUAAUCAAUGCAGAAUCAUCGUUCGUUAUUUGACGUUUGGUAGGACACAACCAAUGAUGUUUGUAAGACUACAGUAGACGUCGGAAACAGAGAAACCAUACUGUUAAGAUGACUUCACAGAAUUCCUGUCCCCAUCUGGGGACUUUAGGGGACAUUUCUAGGGAGGAUCUCUUACAGAAAGCAAAGGGAUCAUGCAGUUCCUGUCCAGCUGUAGGACCCAACCUGUGGGCUUGUCUACAGGUAAACUGCAGUUACGUGGGUUGUGGAGAAUCUGCAGUGGACCACAGUACCCAUCAUGCCGUGAACAUGAAACAUGCCCUGACCAUGAACCUGACCACGUUCCGUACCUGGUGUUACUCCUGUGAGACGGAGGUGUUCCUCGACCAGCCUGCCACGUCGCCAGGCAACAACAAGUCCUCCUCCCCGUACAGAAGGUCACCCAGCCAAUCACAGACUUCUCAAGACCAAAGAAAUGGUGGAGGAGAUGCCGCUUCUCAUGUACAAGAAGACUUCAUCGAUGAUGAUGCAGAUAUCAAGCCAAAAGUGGAUGCCUCUCCCACAGGUCUAACCGGACUACAGAACAUCGGGAACACGUGCUACAUGAACGCAGCGCUGCAGGCACUCUCCAACUGCCCUCCUCUGACCAACUAUUUCCUGGAGUGUGGGGGAAUGGUUGGCAUGUCAAAGACAGAGAAGAAACCUGGACUGUCCAAGAGUUAUCUCAAACUCAUGUUAGAAAUGUGGCACAAGAAAAGACCAAGUUAUUUGGUACCUGUCAGUAUUGCCCAUGGAAUUAAGAUGGUCAACCCCAUGUUCAGAGGCUAUACACAACAGGACUCCCAAGAAUUCUUACGCUGCCUAAUGGACCAACUGCACGAGGAGCUGAAGGAACCAAUCACCGAGUUCGAGGACUACACCAGCCCGACCAAUGAGGACAGGUCUCCCACCGCGUCCACUCCCAGCAUUCCCAUCCGCUCCUCGGACUACUCCUCCAGCCACUCUGACGAGGAGUACCAUUCCUGCGAGUCCGGCGGGAGCUCGGAGCAGAACACUCCCGAGGACUCCUCCCUUCCAAACAACGACCUCCGUGCCAUUCCGCGCAGCUCGUCCGACAGCGACAUCCGAACCCUGGAUUCCCGCGAGCAGAGAGUCAACGCGAGGAACCGCAACCGGGUCGUCUCGGAGCCCAGCGAGUACGUGUCGAACCUGCGGACCCGUUCCCCGCGAAAGCGCGUCAAGUCGUGUCAGGGGUCCAUACGGGGAACCCAGAGCAAGGAGGAGAGCAAGCGGCGCCGCGGGUCAGGUCAUGACAUUGACGCUGACAUUGACGAAUCAAACGAGACAACGGAGACGGGUUCGGUACCGGAUUCGGACUCAGGAUGUUCGAGUAGCAGUCCGAUGAGAGAGAGUCCGCCCCACAGCCGCUCCAACAGUCCCCAGGGGGUCAGAAGUGCAAGUCAGCCAAACAGUCCCAUGAAGACCAGUCUAAAGGAUAUACAACCCACCUUUAAAUCAGCCCAGAGAAAGAAAAGAAAUAUACGCCACCACAGCAUCAUCUCGGAUGUGUUUGAUGGGAAGAUCCUGAGCUCUGUCCAGUGUCUGACGUGUGAUCGUGUCUCCUGCACCAAGGAAACUUUCCAGGACAUCUCCCUGCCAAUACCCAGUAAAGAGGACCUGGCCCUGCUCCACUCAGCACAGGGCCCAUCCAUAAAGAGUUCCUGUACUGAUGCCUACACUGCCUCACAGGGGUGGAUGGGGUACUUCUAUGAUUGGCUCAAAAGUUGGUUCUGGGGCCCCCAGGUGACCCUGGAUGACUGUCUGUCUGCAUUCUUCUCUGCUGAUGACCUGAAGGGAGACAACAUGUACAGCUGUGAGAAGUGCAGGAAACUAAGAAAUGGAUUGAAGUUCUCCAAAGUGCUGGAACUGCCGGAGAUCCUGUGUAUCCAUCUGAAGAGGUUCCGCCAUGAAGUGAUGUACUCCACUAAGAUCAACAACUACGUGUCCUUCCCACUGGAAGGGUUGGACCUCAGGCCCUUCAUGGCUAAAGAGAGCCAGUCGCAAGUGACGACCUAUGACCUGGUGGCGGUGAUCUGUCACCACGGGACGGCGAACGGCGGACACUACACGGCGUACUGCAUGAACCAUCUGAACGGGCAGUGGUAUGAGUUUGACGACAUGUACGUGACCGAAGUCAUGGAGUCUGCCGUCACCAACGCAGAGGCCUAUGUGCUCUUUUACAGAAAACGUAAUGAAGAGAUGGAACGGGAGAGACACAAGGUUGCCAACUUGGUCAGCACAAAAGAGCCUGGUCUGAUGAAGUUCUACAUCUCGCGUCAGUGGCUCCACAAGUUCACCAUGUUUGCAGAACCUGGACCAAUCAGCAACAAUGACUUCCUGUGCAGACAUGGAGGUAUUCCACCUCACAAAUCCUCAUUCCUAGAAGACCUGGUCACCACAGUACCUGAACCAGUCUGGGAAUAUCUGCUGGACAAGUUUGGAGGCGGUCCCGUGGUGAACCACCUGUUCGUGUGCGCCACCUGCCAGGUGGAACAGGAACGACUGGAGAAGCGGCGCAAGAUCGAGAUGGAGACUUUCAUCAAGUUAAACAAGGCAUUCCAGGAAGAGGACUCACCCCCCAUCAUUUACUACAUCAGUAUGAAGUGGUUCAGGGAAUGGGAGGCUUUUGUGAAGGGGAAGGAACAAGACCCCCCUGGUCCAGUAGACAACAGUAGCAUUGCUACAGGAAAGGGGCUGGUUUCUGGCCUCAAACCAGGCUCGGAUUCCGGACAGAUAUCGGAGGAGACUUGGCAGUUCCUGGUGUCUAUCUACGGAGGGGGUCCGGAGAUUAUCCAGCGCCAGACUCAGGCCCUCCCCGACGACACGGAACAGGGGGAUCAGGAGCCCGAGGGGGGUGGGGACGAGGAGGGGGGUGGGGAGCGAGAGGAGGAUGACCAGGGGGAGAAGAAGAUUCAACAAGAACUUUAGCUGAAGAAAGGGAAAAAUGAACUGGGCAUGUAGUAUGCAUGGGUAGCUGAUAUAAGCUAGGGGCACAACCCCCCCUACGUGCAAUUUGUCCGUACGUUUUUUGGGAGGUCACGCCGGACAUGUAUUGUCUGAAAACGUGGGGAAUGACUGGCAAGAGUAUGGAGGGAGUCGUACAUCACUCACACGGUUGCGCAAGGUGUCAUGAUGGCACACAAAGUUUUGCCUGCACGUAAAGUUAUACGGCGUGUCUGCAUGCCCCAAAAUCCGUCGGAUUCCCUACGUGUUCGUACGGAGGCGGUACUUACCACUUACGGAUCCAAGAAGAUUACCCACGUUUUGGUAGACAGCACGCACUUGCAAGUACGGCGGGUUGUGUCCCUAGCUAUAGUCUUUGCUACAAUCACAUUUCCAAACCAUACCCUGUCCAUGUUUUCAUGGUUGGGUUAAGGCUUAGACCUGGCCUAUGUUUAACGUGGCAAAUUUGAGUCUAAAUUAACAUCCAAUAGUGACACUUGAGCCCCAAAAGAAGCCCUUUAGUUGCUAAUGGCCCCACCCAAACCUAAAAAAAGCUGACCUAAAAAAAGCUGUCUGUAAAGUAACUACUUGAUGGGCAAUGGUUGGGAAGUGAGGCAUUGGACUGGAUAGACCAAUCAGAAUGACCGACACAUAAGUUCUGUACUACAUUAUGAUAACAAUUACCACCAGUUUCUUGCUGAAGUCAGAAACAUUCAACUUACUGUAUAUAUCUUCUUGUGCAAUGAAACUGUUGAAAGACACUUAAGCGGCAAUGGCCAAAUGCUGUGCAAGUUGUUUGUAUAUAUGAAUAGCUUUUCUGCAAUGGCUUUGUAAAGCUAGGUGCAACAAUAUUCACAAAAGUCCUGGCAAAUGCUUUUUAAGAGGUAGUUGCGUAUAAUCUUCAGAAUAGGUCAUAGUAGUUGGUAAAAUGACAUGUAGAUGUUUGAAUUUAAUGUAUGCAGUAUGCUGUGAUACCAUUGGUCAGAUUACUAGAUCUUAUUCCCAGAACACCACUGUCAUGGAAUCUCAUUCCCAGUAUACUGUCAAGUAGAGAAAUGUCAUAGUAAGUAUGGCAUAUAUGACUAAUAGUAUACAAUGGUGUUAUUUCCUAUAAGCAUAAUACUGGUGAUAUCUUUCUGCAUACGUUACUCCUGUCAUAUUUCUAAAAUGAUUCAUCAAAGUACGAAUGAAAUGUUGUCAUUUUAGGCCAAUAAAUAUUUAGUGUCAUGCGAAAAGUGGGGCAAGAGUUAAGACUUCAAUAUUAGAAUAGUAAUUUAUUUAUUACUACUCCUUUUGUCGGAUCAAAUCUUAUUUCUUGUAAGAAAAUUAGAAAAUUUGUGAAUAUUGCAACUUCUCUUCCCUCGGUUUUUCCCUGUAAUUGCUUUGUAUAGAAUUGCCUUUCGUAUUGAAAAAUAAUGUUAUUGAAUCAUUGCUUAUACAAUGUACAUUCCUUGUUGUUAUUCAUGACCCUUUGUAUAUUACAGUGUGAUUUUUCUAUGUGUUGUUGUCAAAAAUUAAGUAGAGAGCUUUUCCUCUUUGAGUGCAAUAGUUUUGAGUAUACAGUAUAUGGCAUUGCAGUGGGCACACCGAAUUAAAAGUUAUACGCUCGGAGGGGGUGGGGGUGGAUUGAGUUGCAAUUUUGAACAUAGAGGAGCCAGGUUACUAGGGCUGAUAUUAUCGUUGAGUUGCAAUUUUCAACAUCGAGGAGCCAGGCUCUUAUGCAGAUACUAUCGUAUCAGCCCUAGAAGCAUGGAGAGCGGACUUCACAAGUUCAUGCUGUUUGCCCAUGUUUUUAGUGGGGCUUUGUAGAUGCUGAAAGAAAGCAGGCCUUCUAGGGCUUUGGUACGAUAUUCCUGGCAUAGUAACCUGGCCCUGAUGUGUUGAAAAUCGUGACAUAGUG